AUGGAAAAGAGUAGUGAUGAAGCCAUUGUGCUAUUUGAGACCCUAAGUGAAAAUUCUCAGCAAUUCUCAUCAAGAGGGAGACAAAGAGUAAAAAGUAAAGGUGUAUAUGAAGUUAGCACAAAUGGUGGAGUCCAGAGUCAAAUGGCAACAAUGGAGAAGAAGUUAGAUAUACUAGUGAAAGCAAUGUCAGCUCAAAACAUCUCUCAAGUUCAACAAGUUGCUAAAGUCGAGGUAUGUGCUAUAUGUUCUCAUUCUAAUCAUACUACUGAGACUUGUCCUAUGUCUUGUUUUACAGAUCAUGAGCAAGCUAAUUAUGUGGGGCAAAACAACUAUCAUCCCAAGAACAACCCAUAUUCGAACACAUAUAAUCCAGAAUGGAAAGACCACCCAAAUUUUUCUUGGAGCAACAGUGAAAAUGUGCUUAAUCCACAAGGGCAGCAAAAGAACUUCCAGCAGGGAAGUAAUUAUCAUACUUCAUCACAGGUGGCACAACCAAAUACUGACCAAAAGAAGAAUAAUCUUGAAGGUGCCAUACUCCAGUUCUUGACUGCACAGCAACAGACAAAUGCUCUAACUAGUCAGAACAUACAAAAACUAGAAGCAACAACUAGCCAAGCUAUUCAGAGAUUGGAGGCACAAGUAGGGCAAUUGGCAAAGGAGUUGAGUGAGAGGAAGAAAGGAGAGUUUCCAUCACAAACCAUACCUAAUCCGGGAGGCCAGGAGCAGCUCAAGGCUGUGACAGUCCUUAGAAGUGGCAAGGUAGUUGACAACAAGGUGGGGACAGAUGAGAAAGAAAAAGAAAAUGUUGAACCACCUCCAGCCACAAAGGUAAGUGAGAAGGAGAAGGUGAUAUUGCCACCCUUCCCUCAAAGGUUAGUUAAGCAAAAGAAAGAAAAACAUCUUCUUGAUAUUUUUGAAACUUUGAGAAAAGUAGAAAUCAACAUUCCUGUACUUGAUGCAAUUAAACAGAUUCCAUCUUAUGCUAAGUUUUUAAAGGAUUGUUGUACACACAAAAGACAAUUUCAGGAACAUGAGAAAGUUGCAUUGACUGAGGAGGUAAGUGCGGUUUUAUUGAGAAAGUUACCACCUAAACUAAAAGAUCCAGGUAGUUUUACAAUUCCUUGCAGGGUUGGUGACCGUCUGUUUGAACGUGCUUUGCUUGAUUUAGGAACAAGCAUCAACUUGAUGCCUUAUACAGUUUAUGAGGAGUUGAGGUUGGGGGAGCUCAAACCAACCUCAAUUAUAUUUCAAUUGGCAGAUAUAAGCAUUAGAAGACCUAGAGGUAUAUUAGAGGAUGUUUUGGUUCAAGUAAAUGAAUUUAUUUUGCCUAUUGAUUUUGUUGUUCUGGAUAUGGAAGAUUCCCCUAUGCCAUCUUCAUUACCUAUUAUUCUUGGUAGGCCCUUUAUGAUAACUGCUGAUACAAAGAUAAGUGUGAAAAAGGGUACUAUACGCAUGAAAAUUAAUGGUAAGAAGAUAGAAUUCAUGUUGUCUGACACUAUCAAAUUGCCACAUGAUAACCAUGAUUGUUUCAAGAUUGAUGUGGUAGGAAGUGUUGUGGAGCAAGUGUUUCAGGUACAUAGCAUUGACCCCUUGGAGGCAUGCAUAGCCCACAGCCUCACAAGGCUGAAUUAUGAAUAUGGAUGUGAUGUUACAGAGAUAGACCUCCAUGAAGCUGUGCAUUCUCUUGAGGCUUCUAAGCCUUAUCCAAGUAAGUAUGUACCUCCCUUUGAAACCCUUGUGUCUACUAAUACUACUGUUAUCCCUUCCAUUGUUAGGGUACCAGAUCUGGAAUUGAAGCAACUACCUGAACAACUAUAG